AUGUUCUAUGGUGCAGUGGUAUGGGAUCCUUGGCUUAUUGUUGCUCAAAUUGUUUGUCUUCAAUGUAUGUAUUAUAUCACCCUUGGAUUGCUGUUAACCGUUUUUGUUGGCACUCGUGUUUCUCGAUUGAGCCUUGUGUAUUUCUUUGACUAUGUUACUGUUUCUACCUCUACCGUUACUGGUUGGUGCGUUGCUGUUUCAUUUCUGCUCAGCUCAGCUGCGGGGGCUGUGUAUUUGCUUUAUUUGAUUGAACGAUCAAAGAAGUGCUUGGAUUUUUCAGCCACUCUCUAUAUCAUCCAUCUUUUCAUAUGUAUUGUGUAUGGCGGUUGGCCCUCUUCUAUUACAUGGUGGAUUGUGAAUGGUACUGGAAUUGCUGUAAUGGCUUUGCUAGGUGAAUACUUGUGUAUGAAACGUGAACUCCAGGAGAUAAAAAUACCACGAUAUCGUUCAAAUGUUUGA